CAGAUAUAGUGAAUGCAGGGUCCAGGGAGACCAGAUAUAGUGGAUGCAGGGUCCGGGGAGACCAGAUAUAGUGAAUGCAGGGUCCAGGGAGAGCGGAUAUAGUGAAUGCAGGGUCCAUGGGGAGAGCGGAUAUAGUGAAUGCGGGGUCCGGAGAGAGCGGAUAUAGUGAAUUUUUUUCCGGGGAGAGCGGAUAUAGUGAAUUUUUUUUCCGGGGAGACCGGAUAUAGUGAAUGCAGCGUCCGGGGAGACCGGAUAUAGUGAAUGUCAGGGUCCGGGGAGAGCGGAUAUAGUGAAUGCAGGGUCCGGGGAGACCAGAUAUAGUGGAUGCAGGGUCCGGGGAGA